CACCGUAAUCUUUUGCACGCCAUGGCCGCGCCGGCAACUACCGGCCUUGUCACUUCACUAUCUUAUGCAUUAGCUUUCGUCCUGUUCCCGUCUUUAUGCGCCUCUCAAACAAACGGACCGUCGCAAGAUGACGUUCCGAUUAUUUUGGGUGUUCGGCUUGUGGCCAGUGACCGUCCCGCAACACUCUCCGCAGAAGGCGAGCUGGAGGUGACGGAGGGCAGCAGGUUGCAGUUCCGCCUGUAUGGCAUCAACUUGAGAAAUGACAGCGGGAACCUAUUAGCUUGGACUGAAGUCGUCCCCGAUGGGCAACCUAACUGCAAGCAUGAUACCCGUGACUUAGUGCGGGAUACCGACUGGCUAAAUAAGACGGAGUUUAACGGAGAGACUGUCUGGCUUAUCACAUUAGAGGUGCUCCAUUUACGGAAGAGUCAGAGCUCCCGGGUGUAUGCGCUUUGCACCAGGAGGGGGCCCGAGCUUCCCUGGACUUUACACUCGGCGCCUGAUGGCCGCUUGCGUGUGCUGGAAGAGUGGAAGCCGUUCCUGCCGGUGUGGUUGCAGGGCUGCAUCAUCGCUGUGCUCCUAGUGCUCUCCGGUAUUUUUAGUGGCCUUAACCUGGGUUUGAUGGCGCUUGACCCCAUGGAGCUGCGUGUGGUACAGCGCUGCGGAUCUGACAGGGAGAGGGAAUACGCCAAGAAGAUUGAGCCGGUGCGGCGGAAAGGCAACUACUUGCUGUGCUCACUUCUUCUGGGGAAUGUGCUGGUCAAUACAACUCUCACAUCGUUGAUGGACGGACUUACUGGCUCCGGGCUGGGGGCUGUGGCGGCCUCCACGAUGGGCAUCGUUGUGCUGGGCGAGAUCGUACCCCAAGCUCUGUGCUCCCGGCACGGACUGGCGGUGGGAGCCAACACGCUGUGGCUGACUCGUAUAUUCAUGGUUCUUACGUUUCCGCUGUCGUAUCCGGUCAGCCGCUUGCUGGACUGUGCCUUGGGACAGGAGAUCGGUACCGUGUAUAACCGGGAGAAGCUGCUAGAGAUGCUUAAGAUAACAGAGCCAUAUAGUGGCUUAGUGCGAGAAGAAAUGAACAUUAUACAGGGGGCCCUGGAACUACGAACCAAGACUGUGGAGGAUGUGAUGACACGAGUGGCAGAUUGCUUUAUGCUACCUAAUGAUACUAUACUGGACUUCAACACUAUGUCCAGCAUUAUGGAAAGUGGUUACACUCGCAUCCCUGUGUAUGAGAACGAGAGGUCAAACAUUGUGGACAUCCUCUAUGUAAAAGACUUGGCCUUUGUUGAUCCAGAUGAUUGCACCCCACUGAGCACCAUCACUCGCUUCUAUAGCCACCCCGUCCACUUUGUGUUCAGUGACACCAAGCUGGAUGCUGUGCUGGAGGAGUUUAAAAAGGGUAAGUCCCACUUGGCCAUUGUGCAGAAGGUGAACAGUGAAGGAGAAGGUGACCCAUUUUAUGAGGUUCUAGGACUAAUAACAUUGGAAGAUGUCAUUGAAGAAAUAAUUAAAUCAGAGAUUCUGGAUGAAUCUGACUUGUAUACUGAUAAUCGCAGUAAGAAACGUGUCGGACGGCGUCAGGACAAAAAGGAUUUUUCUGUUUUUAAAGAUGCUGAGCUAGAACUGCGAGUGAAAAUAUCUCCACAGUUGCUCCUUGCUGCUCAUCGCUUCCUGUCCACAGAGGUGCCUCUCUUUUCUCCAUCACUGGUGUCAGAAAAGACUCUUCUGCGUCUUCUAAAGUAUCCAGAUGUGGUGCAGGAACUGCAUUUUAAUGAAAAUGAUAAGAAGGCACCUGAGCACUAUCUCUACCAACGCAACAAAAUGGCUGAUUACUUCAUCCUCAUUCUGCAGGGCAAAGUGGAAGUAGAAGCUGGAAAAGAAAACAUGAAAUUUGAGUCGGGUGCCUUCUCCUAUUAUGGUGUUAUGGCUAUGAGCGCCCCUUCCACUGCAGAGCUCCGAUCACCCUCUCAUGUGAGCAACCUCAAUCGUUCCACGUCCCUCAGUUGUCAUGAGCGUUCUGACUCCAUCUCGUCAACCAUUAGUGGCAGUAACACUCAGCUAAGUACACAGAUUCAGUACAUGGCAGAUUUCAGCGUGCGAGCCAUCGGUGACCUACAGUAUGUGAAGAUCACACGGGAGCAGUAUCAAGGAGCACUGAUGUCCUCUAUGUUAGACAGCAGCCCCCAAUCUCCAGAUGGAGGAACCCGCAAACCAGAUAGCACGUUAUCAGAGCGCAGUGAGGUCUUGGAGGAUGAGACUACAAGUCUAUUAAACCAGAGGAACUCUCAGAAUAGCCUGCAACAUAAUGCUGUGUGACUGUACUGCUAGCAUUUGCAGAGCAUUGCUCCUCCACUGCACCACAGCAAAGGAAAGGAUUUGAGGGUUUCAGACCCACACUGCAAUGUGACAAUUUAGAAGUACAUUACUAAGCAGCACACUGCAUGCAGAUUCAUAUUUUGGAGCAAUACUGCAAAUCAUUGAGGAGGAAUGGGGGUAUCGAGAAACUGUACCAGUCUCCCUUUAAGGAGUGUUUACAAGGAAAUGCUCUGUAUGUUCCUCAUUUAGAGACUCUCUGCAGAUCUCUAGUUUAGAGGCCAUAACUGGGGCAGUGUUCAUUCUUCCAUCCAUAUCAUAGACAUUUCAAUGGAAGAGCACUAGACUGACAGGAUUAAGACUCUUCACAUCUAUGUAUUGUUUGUGAUAAUCUGCACGGUAUUAACUCAGGGAAGAAUUCUGGGAUAUUAUAUGUGCGCUAAAGACUCCAGACACUCCCACUGGGGCGUAGAGGUUACGGACUGUUAGUCUUCCUGGGAGUGUGUGAUACUUAGUCUUCCUGUGGGCGUGUGCUUUACCUCCUAGCAUUCCCUUUUGUUCUAUCAGAGCAUCUCUGUUAGACCUCAAGCAAGAGCCAUUUAGGCCCCAGUCUGCAGUAAAUUUUAAGAGUUUAUCCAGAAGUGUUCAGCCAUUGGGCAAUAUUAUAUAUAUAUUAUAGAAAUCAACCAGGUUUAAGGUCUGAAAGCCUCUGUGAUGAUCAAGGCCAUUACCUCUGUAAAUCAGAGUUGUUAUAUGUUGUCCCUGAAAUAAGCUAUCAUUAUUUUGUCUAGAUUACUGAGAUUAGAAUUUGAUGGCAUGUGGUGUGGUUAAUGCAGCUCCUGCUUUAUAGUAAUCAGAUUUUAAUUUGUCCACUGUGUGGGUGUUCUGGUUAUCUAACUCCAAAGGUGUAAGCCACGCCACGCCACUUGUAAGUUAGUUUGAAAGUCUAUAAAUUACAGAAUGAGGGAUCCUAACUUUUUUGUUUUGAUUGUUUCAGAGUAAAAGGAAUUCACAUUACCAUAACAUUCUUAUGAAUUUUUUUUUACAAACUGUAGGCAAGUUUCCCUCGUAGGUCUUCCAUCUGCCCAUUGUUACUAGUCAGGGACAUUAACUAAAUGUUAAGAUUCAUAUACCAGAGCUUGUUAUGUUGUCUUAGUAAUAGAAGAUGAAUCAAUGUAAUUGUUUUGCAAGUUUUUACUGCAUAAUGGUGCCAAAAAGUGUACUUUGAAUAACAGGUAAAGUGUGUUGCCUUUACCUUGCACUGGAAUAAUCUCUUACUCCCCAGAUCUUGUUCUUGGUAUGUAGUUGGCUCAGGGAUGUUCCUUUCUCCAAGCAAUGCUGAUUUUUACCUAAACUAAUGCACUCACCCCUUAACUCCUUUUCCCCUUUUGAUCUCCAAGCACAAACAGUUAGAACUUGACUUACUGGUUUCUUUUUUUAAACAGUGCACACCUAUUUGGGGUGCCAUGGUUUUCACUGUUUUUUUCUGCUUUUUGAGAUUAAUUUGUGAAUUUUAUAAUAUAUUUUGCAGUUCUUUAUGCACUUUUAAAUCUGAAACUGUUGUGAAAAUGUUAAUCUAUAGAAUUCUAAUCCACUCCUGUCCUUUCCUUACAAAAAAAAGGAGCCAGUAUUGCAAAUGUGUUGCUCCAAACAAAAAGGGUAAAAUAAUGAGAAUGUUUCACAUUAAGCAGUUAUGUACUGUUUCAGUAAUACACAUGGUUAAUAUUCUGAGAAUACAUUUGGCGGCAAAUACGUGUAUACAUUUUUCUGUAAUGUAUUAUCCCUUAUUAAUCAAGGGAUAAGGAUUUGCUAGUUGCUUAACAGUUAGACAUUUGGCUGCUCCAAACAAAUGUGGAAAUAAUAGUUCUACAGAUGUCUUUAAUUUGGUUUACCAAAACAUGAUUCUGCCUUUUUAAAGAAGAAAUAUAAGACACCUUGGGGUAAGGGACAAUCUACACAAGCCAUAAAGGUAAAGUGUUUCCUUUAGAGUCUGCAGCUCCUAUAUUGUAGGAUGCCAGCUCAGAACAUUCCUACUCAGGGAUUGUUUACAGAAUAAUUACCAAUGUGUGUGAAAUUAGGAAAUUAUAAAUUGUCCUGUUUUCCAUGUAAAAUGGAAAACCUUUUUGUUUUUGUUGGUUUGAAUGGGUGGGAAAGAAAAAGGUACAAUUUCAGAUGGUUGAAUGUAAUUCAAAUUGUUUAAUUAUUAAAGAACUUAUUAUUUAAGGCUUA